AUGUCAGCGCCUCGCCGGGCCGGCCCCGGCCGUCGGGGGAGGGACGGGGCGGGGACGGGCAGCACCCGGCGGGGCGGGGGCACCGAGCGCCGCCCGGCCCCGCCGCCCCCCUCCUGGGCGCCCCCCAGGCGGGGUUGGGGGGGGGUUGGCGCCAGAAGCCCCCCCCGGAGGGGCGGCGGGCACCGGGAGAGGGGCCCCGACGCCGCCGCACCGAGCCCCGCGGGCACCGGGAACCCCCAGAGCCCCCCCGCGAGUGACCCGAGCCCCCCCGGGAGCGACGCCGCCCGCAGCGCUUUGUCUGGGGGCGCCGAGAAACGGGAGGGGGGAACAAAGCGGCAGCACGAGGAGCGGCAGCGGAGGGGGGGAAGCCCGACCCCAAAGGCUGCCCCCAGAAGCAGGGGAUGCGCCCUGGAGGAGGAACCAGGCCCAGGAGGCACAGCCCCAGCGGCUGCGGUGCCCGGCCCUGAGCCCCGAGCUGGUCCCAGCCCUGCCACGGUCACCAGCGUGGAGCAGGCAGAGCCCUGGGAGCCCCCAGAAGGUUCUGCUGGAGGGUCCCAGCCAGAAACGGCCGUCCCCAUCCGCCCGUGCUGGUGUCAGCAGUUUCGCUGGUGUCACAAGGCCAGAAGAAGCCACAAACGCAGGACUUCCCUCUUCCACUCGCAGCUGGAGGAAGGUGACAGCAAAAGAGAAACGACCGAAGGGUCGGUGAGCUUCAGCGUGCCGCAGGAACGCCAGCCCCGUGGCACACAAGGCCCACACCAAGUCCUCAGCAAGCAGCUGCCUCCCGAGGGAAGCCUUCCGGGCUCUGGCUGAGGACCUGGGGCCCUGGCUGCGCUCAGAGCUGCCCUGCAAGAGGCAUUGAGCUCGGGGAGGUCUCGCCCCUAUCCCAGCACACUGCAGUGUACGCAGCAAGAGAAAUUCCUCCUGGGAGCACGGGUUGGUGCAGGGAUUUGCAGCAUCUCCCAGAAUGUGAUCCCGUGUCCUCCACCCCGGUUAUUGAGGGCUGGGGGAGUUAUUUAAGCAUUCCUCAUAGCAGCAGCCCCAAGCCCACAGUGCCUCAAGUUGCCGGCUUUGGGGGGGUCUUCCCAGCUCUGUCUCAGCCCAGGCUCAGCACUUUGGGACAGCAGCCCCGGAGCUGGGGCAGGAGGGGGCAUUUCUGUGAUUUCCCCCCGCUUCACAGGCUGGGGAGCGGUGGCUGCACGGGCCUCACGUCACGUCCCGUGGGACAGCGAGGGCACCCAGCUCCCUGCGCCCGCAGCAUCCACCUGGUGCAUCGCAGAAGCCAUCCC